CGGUUGUCGCUUGGGAGUUUAUUAAUAAAACUAUUGAGCUGGUUUGCCUGUCAACUCAUUCAUCAAAAGUUUUGCAAGGAGACAAGACGCGUGUCGUGGCGGUGAUGUCUGUUUAAAAAGCUAUAAAUUUGUGUAAUUGAGCGUGUUUAGUUUUUUUUGCAUAUCCAUGACACAUUAACCAAGAGCGAAUUCUAAAUAAAAAAACCCAAAAAACUCUUGUGCAGAAAAGAAAAGAACUACAAGUGCUUUAAUAUUAUUUAUUUUUCAAAUGAAUUUGCGUUAACAGAAACACAAAAACAUAGCAAUAUCAAAGCAAAUUUCAACUAAAAACUGUAGUGAAAAAAUUCUCUAUGUUCUUAAAACAACAACGGACUAAAGUUGGAUUUUUAAUGCUACCAAAAAGAUAGUGAAUAAAAAGUGAAUUAAUUAAACCAAAAAAAAAAAGGAAAAUAGCAAUCACAGCAAAAAAUAUUUGAAAUAUUUUAUUAGAGAUAAUUUAUUUAAACACUAAAGUUUAUAAAACGCACACUCAACAACACAAAAACAAUGGCAAAAUAUUUCAUACUCUUCAUAUUGAUCGUAUUCAUCGCGCUCGAUCACAGCAUCACCUAUGGACGUCAUCACAGUGACGUACAAACAGCACACGACGCCCACCACGACAGCCGACAACAACCCAUUACCAAUUAUAUGCCACCAUCAGCACAACAACACAAUCGCCAACUAAUGCCAACGCAAACAGUACAACAACCACAACACAAACGUACACAUCAUGUGAAGAACAAUCGACCGCGUGUUGCGAAAGCGAGACGCAUACGACAGUCCUCGUGGCAGGAGAAUGUACCGCCAGACAGCAUAGGUAGCGCCGAGGAGCGCGCAGAGCGUAUAGAAGCUGAGGCGGCGCUGCGACGUUACGUGCACCUACAGCGUCACAUGGCGUAUCAAGAGGCACAUCUGCGUAAACAUCAGCAGGUAUUGCAACGCAAGCAGUCGGAGUUGAGCGCAGCUUCGCUGGAGCGGCAUUUAGAAGCACAACAAACAGAUGAAGAAGAAGAAGAAGAUGUGGCAGAGAUGGUGGACGAGGCGCCAGGCUCGCCAAAUGCACUCUUCAACAUGCGCAUGCCACGCAUUUGGCAGCAUUUAGGUGGUGGUGGCACCGCUGAUGUAAUGCUCGGCGAUGCGCCGUACGAUUACAGUGAUGAGCCACAGCGUUUAGAUGUAACGCUGCCGCCACUUACACACACGUCGCAUGACGAUGACAAUUCAGUUGAUGAAUUAGCGGCGCCGAAUACGAACGAGGAACAGGAAAGUAAUUCAUUAGAAUCAGCAUCGGCGGAGUCGGCAGAGAGCAUAGAGGCUGCACAUAAAAAUCAUCAUCGGCACAAAGCGAAAGCUGAUUGCCCGAAAUGUGAGAGUAGUCGGCGUGUGGAGCACAUUAGCGAAGAGGAGCUGACGCAGUUGCGUAUAGAGUAUGUAAAGCAACAAAUUUUGGAGAAAUUACGCUUGAAGGAGCGACCGAAUGUUUCGGCGGUGGCUUUGCCCAAACCCAUCUAUGAGGGCACAACCAUCGAAGAGGAGGAGGAUGAUAGCGCAAAAAAUAAUAAUGUCGAUGAUUAUUAUGCGCGUACGAGUAAAAAAUUCAUAUUCCUGCAGCGAGAAAGAAACGAAUGCCAACGCUUGGGCACAAAUUCUUCCAUGUGCUUCUCUUUCAAGAUCGACGAUGCCGAUGCGGACGGCUUCGAUGUAAGCACCGCCGUACUCUGGCUCUUUAAGAGUAAAAGUAAACGCUCGCAUAGACGUAAACAUACGAAAUUAACACCGCAAACCAUUGUCGUCUCCGAAGUGCAACAGAGUACAGAUCCGACAUAUUUGCCUGUGGUGAAAACGAUUGCCAUACAAUCGAUCGAUGUGCAAGACGAAUGGAUGAAGAUCGAUAUUGAAUGGCCGAUUAAACGUUGGUUCGGCAAUCACGAUCUCAGUCAUCUGAUACAGAUUUCUUGUCGUACUUGCGAUAUGGCCUCAAUGGAGGAAAUGAUAUCGAUAAAUAAGGAUUAUCGUCCCUUCAUUAUGGUCGAUACACAGAAUCGUCGUCGUGCUUCACGUCAAAAGCGUGGCAUCAAUUGCACGGAUGGCGUGACGGAGUGUUGCCGUGAGAAGCUCUACAUUUCAUUCGAUGAGAUCGGUUGGGGUGAUUGGAUUAUACAGCCGCGUGGCUAUGACGCAUACUUUUGUCGUGGCUCUUGCGGCAGUGUGGCCAGUGUGGCACAGUCGGCGACGCAUCAUAGUGCUUUCUUGCAGAAAAUUGCUUUGUCGCGUCGCAAUUCGGGCAGCAAGCCGCUGGAGCUUGUACCUUGCUGUACCGCCAAACAGUAUUCUUCGCUGCAGCUCGUCUUUAUGGACAGCAAUAAUACGGCGACACAGAAAACAUUUCCGAAUAUGGUCAUCGAGUCGUGUGGCUGUCGGUAGUUGAAUAUUUGCGUCGCUGACGUCAUCAGCAGAGCUUUUAAGCAUCACUGUAUUAUCGCAUUUGUACAUUAAGUUUUUUAUUUUUUUUGUCUCAAAUGGCUCAUAUUAAUUGAAAAUUCAUUAUGAAAAACAAAAUUCUACAAUUUCACUUUUCAUCAUCAUUUCAUGUAUUCAUUAACGUAGUUUUAAGCAAAGCAUUUUAUUUAAUUUUUUUUUUUUUUUUUUUUUUUGCAUUUUACUCUUUAUCUUAUUGCUCAAAUGCUCAUCUAACCUAAAUCGCUGCCAUAGCUAUAGUAUAUUGAAUUUAUAUUUAUGUUGGCUUAUAUUAUUUAUUUAAGUUUUGCUGUUUUUUAUAAGAACUACAUACACAGUACUUAAGCUCUCGAUGAGAAAUUAGUUACUAUUCGAUUUUAAGUUUUGUAUUAAUUGGGCUUUUACCAAAAAUAAUCUAAGUAGUCAUAUUUUGUAAAAUCUUAGCGCAAUUUUUAGUCUAAUAUCUAUUAAGUAUAUAAGUUUUUAAUCUUAACAAAAUGCUCGAGCACCGUUAGAUAAUAUAAUUAACAAAAAUAGAAUUAAAUUUAAUUUUAGUUUAUUAA